UUUUUUUUUUUUUUCCCUGGAGCUUCUCUCUCUCUCUCUCACACACACACACUCGGAACAAGUUCGGUGUUCGUUGCUGUUCCGGUUCUGACCGGCUCCAGGAAGAAUGUUUGAACUGUCUUUAGCUAUAACUCACAAGUUAUAGGAAUUCUGGUUAAGGAUGUAGCGAGUUAUCGAAACCCUCCUGCUGAUUAGUGUUACUUUCACAGCUAGCGUAUAAUGCUAACUAGCUGAGUUUAAUUCAUCGGAAGUUUUUAUAUCGCGAGUAAACCUGGUUUAAGGAAACAUUAUGGUAUGGGACAAAGCGAGAUUUUAUCACUGAAUGCGUCCAUGAAAGGUAAAGCCACUUCUGUGUGUCGACUGGAUGUGGAUUCUGUGCUGAAGAAGGAAGUUGAAGCCGGCCAAGGAGAUGCCCUUUCCUCAGCGAGGUUCGGUCUGGGCCGUGGGGUGAAGCGUAAACUGAGCGAGUGCGAGGAGUCUGCGCUGGAUCUCCCGUAUCCGCAGCAGAGGCAGCUGGUGCUGGAUCUGUGCCUGGACAAACUGCAGAGCUGCCAGCGUCGCGCCGAGCCCAGCCUUCACCGCUCGGUGCUGCUGGCCAACACUCUGCGCCAGAUCCAGCAGGAGAUGAGGCUGGAGGGUGGAGACGCUCUUCCUCACGCUUCACCUUCUCCGUUUCCUCCACCCACCCCACGCCACGUCCCCGAACUCCCGCCUGCAUCUGUAGACUCUUCACUUCUUCUUCUGUCUGGACCUGUGUCCACAUCAUCAUCAUCCUCGUCAUCAUCAUCGUCAUCAUCAUCGACGCUCGGUGAGGACGUCGAAGACCGCGUCGAGAGUAAACCGCCUUCCCCGGCGCUCUCGGACGAGGCGGACGCGGACGCGAAGACGCCGGAUUCUCUGUUCAGCAUGUUCGAGAUCACGAAUUCCACCAGCUACCUGACGGACCUGCCGCUCGACGACAUCUUCGAGGACAUCGACACGUCCAUGUACGACUCGUCGGAAAUCUCGGUCCUGGCGUUUUCCGCGCCGAGAGAAGACGGGCUGAAGAACCUGUCGAACCUGCAGCUCUGCCUGGCUGACCUCAGCGACCUCGACCACAUCAUGGACAUCCUGGUGCGCUCGUGAUCCUCACGCACCCUCAAGCUCAAGCCUCAAGCUCAAGCCAUCCUGAUAUUUACACUGAAUGAAAUCUUUCAGCUUUUUUUAAACCUUUUUUUUUUUUUUUUUAAUUUAAUUUAAUGUAAUUAAAUCUAUUUUUAUACAAAGAACUGAUAUUUAUAAAAAACUGAAAUCACUCUCACACACACACACACUGUAGGAUGCACAUUGCUCUUUUCCUAUUGAAGCAAAGAUAUGCAGGGAAUGAACACGAACAUGACAAAGUAUUACCACUGAUGCUUAUUUAUAAUGAACUUUGUAAAAAAAAAUCAUGAAAUGGAUCGCUUUUGAGGAGAAAGAACUUUUAUUUCAUUUUUACAAACUGAUCCUGAGUAUUUCUCAAGCAUUGUAAUAUAUACACGUAUAUUUUAUCAGUAAUUAUGACGGAUCAUGACAUGCACACACUCACACUACCUCUCAAAAAAACCAAGAGCAAUCUGCCUCUUUCUUUUAUUUUAUUUAAUUUUUUUUUUUUAUUUUUAAUCCAGUAACUUUCACACAUCACUCCUAGCCUGCUCUGUUUCUUCUUAAACCUCUCCUCCUCACUUUGUCCUCUCUUUAUUCACAUCCUACAGGGUGAAGGAUUACAUUUUUUUGUGUGUGUAUAUAUUUAUAUAUA